AUGGAUAGAUCAGAUUCUGUAACUGCAGGCUCGGUGCAUGAUCCAGCCGCAGAAAAGAGCAAUGUCCUCGUUGUCAGUGAUGCAACCCGUGCCAUCACCGGGAAGGAGCACAAGCUCGGCGUGUGGGAGGCUAUCAAGACAUAUCCCAAAGUUGUCAUCUUCUGCAUGCUUGUAAGCUUGCCUCUGGUGGGAAUCCAAUAUGACCAAACCGUUAUGGGAGCCUACUAUGCGCUUCCUGCGUUUCAGCAACGCUAUGGCCGCUAUGUAGGUGGGAAAUGGGUCAUAGAGGCUCAGUGGCAGGCUGCAAUUUCCAUGGCAGGAUACAUGGGCCAAGUGCUUGGUGCUUUGAGUGUUGCGGCAUAUCCUUUGGAUCGUUGGGGUCCACGGCGAACUUUGACGGCGGCAGUGAUUGGCGUUACUGGCUGUAUCUUCAUUCAGUUCUUCUCCAACUCUAUUGAAGUUCUGUACGUCGGGGAGCUUUUGCAGGGUCUUAUCAGUGGUUCAUUCAUCGUCAUUUGCGUAUCGUACGCAUCAGAGCUUGCACCAUUACCUCUGCGUGGCAUCCUCUCAUCUUACUGCAACUUGGCAGCUGUGGUUGGACAAUUUGUCGGCACUGGCGUGACAUUUGCGUUCCAAGGUAGGCUUGAUCAAUGGGCGUAUCGAGUUCCAUUUGCUAUACAGUGGUCUUGGUGCUUGAUCUUCUUGGUGUUUAUCUGGUUCGCGCCCGAGUCACCGUACUGGUUAGUCCGUCAAGAUCGCGAUGAAGAGGCACUCGCCGUCCUGAAGCGGCUAUCGAGUCGAGAAAACAACGAGCAAGAUGCGCAGGAGCGGUUAGCUCUGAUUCGAGAAGUCAACGGGAUGGAAAAAGAGCUGGCCAAGAGCGCAAGCUUUCUCGAAUGCUUCCGCGGCGCAAACCUUCGCAGAACCGAGAUUUGUAUUGUAGCAUACACGAUUCAAAUCUGGGGCGGCGGUGCGUUUCAAGGUUAUUCGACGUUGUUUUUCGAACUUGCCGGUCUGCCUAGUAAGAAUGCUUUUGCUCUCAGCUUGGGAACAAAGGCGUUCGCCUUCACGGGGACCAUUGUGUCGUGGUUUAUCAUCACGCGAUUCGGUCGACGCACCUUGUAUUGCUACGGCGAAAGCAUACUGACCGUUUUUCUCUUCAUCAUUGCCAUUCUCGACGUCAUGCCGAAUUAUUCCUCUCAUGCGGGGCUUCAGUAUGGACAGGCAGUUCUGUUGAUGCUCUUCUGCUUUGUCUAUGACUGCUCAAUUGGGCCGGUGGAAUAUGUUUUGCUCGGAGAGAUAUCAUCGACACGGUUGCGCGGCAAGACGAUUGCGGUCGCGCUGGCCACAAAGGCAAUAUUUGGUAUCGUCAACUCGGAGGCCAUGCCGUACAUGAUGAAUUCGGAUCAUGCAAACUGGAGGGGUAAGGCUGGCUUUCUCUUUGGCGGACUGAAUAUGAUUUUCACGCUGUGGGCGUACUUGCGUAUUCCUGAAACAAAGGGUCGAACUUUUGAAGAGAUUGACUUGUUGUUUGAGCGUGGGGUGAAGGCCAAGGAUUUCAGCAAGUAUGUAUCUAUGUAG